GAUCUUUGACUUCGGCCAAAGUAGUGUAGUUCUGUGCACCGCUAACGUCUUAAAAAUUUAAAAUUUUGUACGGUAUUGUCCCUAGUCAUCUUAACUCCAAUACAAAGACUUUAUUUUCUCCCCUUCACGUUAAUAACUAAAUACUUAAAGUACAAUGUUUAUAUGGGACUGGUUUACUGGUGUUUUAGGAUACUUAGGCUUAUGGAAGAAAUCAGGCAAGCUGCUCUUCCUAGGGCUGGAUAAUGCAGGCAAGACUACACUACUACACAUGCUCAAGGACGAUCGGCUCGCUCAGCAUGUUCCCACGUUGCAUCCCACUUCAGAAGAAUUGUCAAUCGGUAACAUGAGGUUUACAACGUUUGAUUUAGGAGGACAUACACAAGCUAGAAGAGUUUGGAAAGACUACUUUCCAGCAGUAGAUGCAAUUGUAUUUUUAAUAGAUGCCUUCGAUAGACAAAGAUUUGUGGAAAGCAAAAAAGAACUGGAUUUACUUCUCACUGAUGAAACGUUAUCGAACUGUCCGGUUCUUAUACUAGGAAAUAAAAUAGAUCUCCCUGGAGCAGCGUCAGAAGAUGAAUUAAGAACUUCUUAUGUUCUCUAUAAUCAAACAACAGGAAAGGGUAAGGUGUCAAGGCAGGACUUACCUGGUCGUCCAUUGGAAUUAUUUAUGUGUUCAGUUCUAAAGCGACAAGGUUACGGUGAAGGUUUCCGUUGGUUAGCGCAAUAUAUUGACUGAACCACAUCAUUAACUAAAAUCGUCACAUUUUAUAACCGGUUACCAGUCACCAAUGGACUGUUACAAUACUAGUGGUGUUGUUUAAAUUGUUCAAGCCAUAUGAUCAUUUUUGUUGUGUAAAUUAGUUCAAUGUAAGUAUUUGUUAUGUAGUCAUAAUAAAUUUAUAACUUUCCUUAAACCGGUUAAUGUGUGGUAAUUAAAUGUUACUGUCAAUAUGG